GGGGGGGGAAAAAAACCUUACUGUGGUUCUUGAAUUUCCCACGUUAGCUCUGACAGAAUUUUUGGCGUGAUUAAAAAGAUAGAAAUAGGAAAUAAAAGUGAACUUUAUUUUAAGAUAGCGGAGAGAGAACCCCACGACCACUGAGGACUGGCUUUUCUCUCUGCUGGGCACGUGUUGUGGGGGAAUAUGUAUAGUUUAGGUUUGAGGUGGUGCCUAGUGGGCAUUACUGAUGCACAAGUAGCCCACUGGAAUUCAUUUGGCACCACUGCUAAAUUGCCUAGGGCCUGGGAAGAUGACCUCAAGACAGAGCCCCUUGGUUCUCCCUCCCAGCCUCCCACCACUGCAGAGUCAUUUUCAGAGCAAAAUCCUUUCAAGCUCGAGAUCCUGAUGUAAUGUGAGAUGGGUACUGAGUCCAUUUUUGUUCCUUUCCCCCUUGCUGAUAGAAGGGAAAGAAACUCACUGCUGACCAGAUGUCCGGAUUCCAACAACUGCGACAUUUUUUUUUUUUUUUUCUUUUGAGACAGGGUCUCUAUGCAUGUCAGGCUGGGCUUGUUCAUUUUGUAGCCCAGGGUGGUCUCAAACUCUCAAGGAAACUCCUGCCUCAACUUCGUGAGUGCUGGCUUUACAGGUGUGAGCCACCAUGGCCAGCUGAGAAUUGCGAUUUUUGUAGGGAUUUUAGAACAGCAAAACCAAAAGGUGAGGCUGGGGAAGAUGGGAACUCGCAAUGCAUUGAAGCCUGAUAUGGGAAGGAGAGAAUUACAGUCACUCAAUAAGAUUAUGAGUUAAUUGCUCAGGUAAAAUUGAGGAAAUUGAGAUCCAAUAGGGAAGGAUGCAAGGGGGAGGAGGGCCUUUGCUGUAGGGAGUUGGAUUAGUGGCUUCCAUCUACCUCAAGGUGAUGGGUACCUAUUGAGAAUGUCAAUUCCUGGUGUUUAUACAAAGGUGCAGUCCUGUUUGUUUUGUCUUUUGUUUUGAGAUCUGGCACACAGAGGAAAAAUUGUUUGUUACUUCUAUAGUUACAGGAUAGCUGGUCUUCUGCACUGGCUCCAUUGAGGGCCUAGUCCUCUCUGACUCCGUAUAAUAUUAGUAUUUAAUUCAGCUGAUUAUGACAUUGCUAGAACAUGACUGGUCUGGAGUUCUCAGUAUCUUUGUCCAACUUUGCACUGGCAGUUUGAGUGCCCUCUUGAGAAACCCAUUGCUACUUUUGCAUUUGCACCAUUAUGGGAAGAGGAGUCUUGAGGAGAUCCAGGCUAAGAUGAAAAUUGGAGUUGGAUGCAGUGCUGGUGAGCUAGAUCUCUGGUUUCAUUCCAGUUAGCAGCACGGCUAGAGGAUUUGCAGGUUAUUAAUAUCUCUGAUGUAGGUUCUCACUCCCACAAUCACACAUCAAACUUUUGCUUUUUAACCCUUGUGUUGAUCUUGUAAAUUUCCACUACCUCCCUUUAUUUCUAAACUCAUAUUAUGUACUCAGAAAUGUUCUGAGAUUUCAAAAACGUGUGGUGAUGUGCUCCAGUGGAGGAGCACUUGGCUAAUAGCCAGUGAAUUCCUGAGCCCUGUACAGAGCAAUGCUAAAGAAAUUUAAAAUUUUAAUUAUUUAGCUGACAAUUCCAUUCACAAUUAGUUUAAGUGAGUUCUGCCACAGAGUUAGAAUACUGAGAUAAAUUUAGUGGAGAUCAAAGUCUUAAAAAGAAAGGAGAAAGGUGUACUUGCCAGAGACAACUUUCAGAAGCAGUGCCUAUUAAACCCACAUUGAGAGACACCUUGAAUUGGGGCAUUUACAUGGACAUAUAUGUGUGAUAUGGGUAGGAGUGGAAAGGAACCAGCGCAUAAUAUCUGAAUUAAGGGCUAUAGUUCUUGACCUAAUUGUUACUUUUAUUAAAAUUAAAAAUGCUGCUUGUGAUAGACUUUAAAAUUAGUAUGGAGUAGGGGAGAAGCCUGAAAUCGAAGUAUCCAUGGUUAGGUAGGCAGAUAUGUGUGCUUGCUUGUUCUGUGAGUUGGGCAAAACUCACAGGCUUGAAGAAAGGAGGGGAAUUUAAUAAUAGGUAACUGUGCCUUCUGCUGCCACUGAGCAGUUGAUGAAUUUUUUUGAGGGAAAAUAUGAAAUGAGGAAACUGCCUGGCUUUGUUUUGCUUUAUCCUUAUUAUGGACACUGUAGCAGAAGUAGAAUGGUGGGGGAAUCUCCAGUGUAUCAAAGAUUUCCAAAUGGUCUUGAUGAUUAAUUUAUUAAUUUGUUUCUUGAGGCAGGAUCUCACUUUGUAGUGCAGUCUGGCUUCAAAUUCAUAAAAAACUUCUUAUCUCAGCCUCAUUAGAGCUGGGACUACAGGUGUACACCACCCUGCUCAGCAUGCUUGUUUGUUUGUUUAUGAUUGUAGGGAUUGAACUCCAGAAGUUUGGUCUGAGCUAAGUUUUUAAAUUUUCUAAAAAUUUUUGUGAACUGAUCUUCCUAAGUUGCCCUAAGUGGUAUGAAUUUUUGAUAGGAUUUGUAACUCAUUUAAUGUGUAUAUUAUAAUAUGUGUGUAUCGCUGUAUCAGUUUAAGGUUGGGAUGUUUUUAUACACCAUGAUGUACCAAGAUUUGAAUGCUUGGAUAAAGUAAACAUCAGUGAUGUAUGAUAGUUCACACCUUUACUCUCAGCCACUUGGGGACUGAGACAAGUGUUACAACAACUGGCCUGAAGAAGUCAGCGUAACCCUCUUUCAAUACAAAAUAUGAAUUCUGGGAUUUAUCUCCAAUAGACAGUAACUUGUUUAACAUUCUCUAGACCCAGUAAAAAACUUUUUGAAAAAAUACAGGAAAAUUAUUUAAUGAAAAUUUUACUUUACAUUUCCAAUUUUAUUGUUUUUGUGCAUUGGUGGUGUAUAGUAUAAUGCUUGCUUAUGAUGGAGGACAGCAUUGAUGAAUCACUGCUCUUCAGCAACAGGACACUGAUGCUAAACAGCUAGUGAUUGCAGUGGGCUAUAUUCAGUGAAGUCCAUAAAAUUUUAGUAUUUUAAUAUGAAAUUUGGAUUAUGUUAUCUAUAUAAACCCCAACACAGAUUAAGCAAGUGUGUUAAGCAGGCUUAAAGGAUCCAAUGUGUAGAAGUAAUGUUUGCUCAAUUGGGUAUAUUCUUGCACAUUCAACAUAUUUCGUUUUCAACAUCAUUUGGGUUGAUCAUAUUUCUAACUCUAGUAAUGUCACUAGGUCCAAUCCUUCUUAAAGUCCUCUAUAGUACACGAUACUGAACUUAUGGUUUCUUGUUUUGAGUGCUGUAUUAAUUGGUCUCUUCAAAAACAACUGAAUCAGAAGAAUAACAUGAGUAGUAUUUGGAAAAAGGAACACUGCGAAUUUUGGGUUGUCUUCUUUGCUUUAAGUUGUUUUCAUGAUGAUGAUUCUUAUGUGCACACUGUGUGGCUUCCAUGACCCUAACAAGGUGAUAGGGCAGAGAUUUUCAGUGAUCAGACAUGAGCCUGUGCAGUUUGAACACAAACCACCAAACAUGUGCCUGGCUGAGGAUAAAGCACUUCCAUUUGUAGUUCUAAUCCAUGCUUAUUUUGGAAAACUUUCUAUCUGUUUUAACUUUGGGUAAACUGCCUUGCCUUGCCAGUUUGCCUGCUCAUGGAAGCCCACUUUCAUUUCUAUAAUAUUAAUGGACUCAAGACAUGUUUGUCCAGUCCCAUGACUUCCAAGGCUCUUUCCCCUGAGCAGUGUAAAGAGAUGACCAGGAACACUAGUUACAUGUUCCAUAAGUCAAAAGAGACUGCAGUCUCUGAAAUUCCCCUGAGUUCUCUGGGCCUGCCCACUCUAUGUGGGUACAAUUCAGGCUAUGGGAAUGGCAUGACAGCUGCGAUACAGCUCCUGCUUCAGUUCAAUGCAGAGUUUAGUCUGUCUGAAGCUUCCUGUGGGUGUCACCAUAAAGAAUCCAACAAUGCAGGCUAUUGUAGAUUUUCACACUAGUGACAUCUGAAAUGUAGUGCAGGUGAUAAGGACAAGAGGAGGGUGUGCAAGAACAAGCAGAUAGUACUUUGGACUGACUCAUUGAGCCUAUGUUUGAAGUGCAGAGGUAGAAAUAUGGCAGCUCUUGGGUCUUUGCUCAUUCUUGUACCUGGUCCUUCAGGAGCUAUGUCCACUGCAUUUGCGUCAGUCAUUUUUGUCAGUGCUAAUUCUGCACAUGAGAAAAGCUAUAAAUAUGUCUCAGCUUUUUACUUGUAAUCAUGACAUAGGUCAUGAGGAAGAUUUAGAAGCAUCUUAGGAGUGGCAGCCAAAGAUGUUGAAUAAUGUCACAGAAGACAUGAAACAGACGUUUUAGAAAGAAAUCUAAUGGCUAAAUAUCACUAGUACUGUGCUUAAGGAACCUGCUACAGAAGAAUUUCCUUUCCACGUUGUACAACUUACCAUCAUGAUUUGAUUGUACCCCAUGGCUUAAUGUACAUUUUUGCACUGGCUUUAGGCCAUGGAUAUGAAUAAGCCCUCUACAUGUGCUCUACCACUGGGCUGCACUCCAAUCUCAUGUAUAUAUUUUACUGCUCAAAUGGGAAUGUUUUAGAUUGUUCAUCCUGUAUUGUAAUUAUUUCAGUAUUACUUUUUACACUUUUUUCACUGCUGUAUGUAGGUGUAAUUCAUCACAGAGACUCCCCAGUUUGUCCCCAUAGCAUUUUACUUACCUUUACAAAAUUAGGGUAGAGCAGGCGUCUCCACUGCUGUCAUUGUUAGAGGUGCCACAAGGAACAUGCUCUGACUUGCUUUUGGAGACAAGAUUUGAGAAAAUGCCUUGAAUGCUCAGAAGCCUCCUUGCUGAUGCAUAGAGUUUGUAUUGUUUAAAAUCUUACUUUACACUAUUCAUACUAUCACAGCCAGUGGGCUUUUCUUUCUGUUUCUUAAAACAGUCAACACUGGAUCCUCUCUAAUUUGAUGAAUUUCAUAGAUUCAUAAUGAAAUUUAAUUGCUUCUCUAUAGUUUUACUGUAUGUUUCCAGUUUUAGGCAUUCAUUUUUGCCAUUUCCUCUGCAAAUUAUUUUAUAGUACAUAUUCAGCUUUCCCUGUACAUUUUGUGUGUGCUGACUUUGAGACCUAUUUACAGUUUCUAUUCUUGUUUGAUAUAUUGUAGCUUUAUUACAUUGACUUCAUUUUAAUGAGUAAUAAAAAUAUGUGAAACACUAUUUUCUAGUUAAUCUUGUCUUUGGCAACAUAUGUGUCCCUGUCGUUUUCUCACUUUUUCAAUCUUUGUUUCUUAUCAAUCAUGCACUGAAAUUUUAUUGCUUUCAUUUUCAUUCUCUUUUCCCUUUUUUUGUCUCAAUUUUUAAUGAUAUGCAUUUUUCUUUUAUGUUAGAACACAAAAAUGGUAUUAUCUAUGCUUUGAUAUAUUGAAAAAGUGAAAAAAGCAUACUUUGAUAAAUUGAAAACAUGAAUAAACAGCUUAAUUGUAAUAUCAUCACAUUUUUGUUGUGUGUGGUGCUUAGGUAGAGCUCAGGGAUUUCAGGCUAGGGAAUCAUGCUACCAUUCAGGUACAUGCAAAGAUGAGAUUUUGUUAAAUAAUAUUUUAUCCUGGCUGUCAAACUUUCUAUGCCCAUAUUUGUGACUGUGGUUAUAAACAUAUUGUCAGGAUUUAGGUAAAGAUUGCAUCAACCUGAUGAUGUAAACUACAGAGAUUUCUUGCCCAUUUUUGUAUUACCAGGACUAUAUUGCAGAUUAUGGCCAGGUGAAUCUAUAAUUUUUCAUUGCAAUGUUUUAUUUGUAUAUUUUUGCCACAUAUAAUAAAUGUUCCUCCUGGGGAAUCAGUACAUGUACAGAUGGCAUCUUUAUGAGUAUCCCAAAAGUUUCAGUGAGUCAUUUGAAAACCCACUGAGAGAGCCAUUUGUAAGAAAAUUUUUUGACUGCCACUUGAGUUGUUUUAAUAGUUUAUUUUUUGUCACCUCAUCUGCCUAUUCUAUCUUUAUACUUUUAAUUUUCUAUAUUUGUAUUUAUCUACUUUCUAAAAUUAUGAGAUAAUAAUUCUGUAAUAAUACUCAUUUGCUUUAAAAUAACCUUGAUUAUGCAGGCACAGUGUUAGAAAUCUGUAAUUCACCAUUCAGGUAGCUGAUCCAAGAAAAUCAAUUUUUUUUUCUGUUUUUGUUUUUGUAUCUGGAAUGGAACUCAGUACCCUGCACUUGCUAGUAGGCACUGGGCCACUGAGCUGUUUCACUAGGUCCUGAGGAUUAAAUACUGAUGGCCAGCUUGUAUCACAUAGUAAGCACAUUUUCUGAUUUUAAUAUAUCUAUACUUUCAACCUUGUUCCUUUUUUAAAAUUUGUUUUCCUGUUACCUCUUUCAGGUUGUUGCUGUCUUUAUCUUUUCCAAUAUACUGAUUUAUUUUAUUAAUUUUUCUUUGAAUUCUUUUGAUAAAAUAUCUUAAUUAUAUUUUUUCAACUUCUAUAUUUAAUUGUGAUCAUUGUUUUCAAACCAUAUUAUAUCCUACAAUUAUUAUUUAAUUGUAUGUACAUUUUGAUUUUAUUAUAUUUGCAGUCUGUUCAUACCUUUGUUUUGGCAGCCAUUAUGCAGUGCCUUUGACCAUAUCCUGGUAUCUUUGCAUUGAAAUGUUAAAAGUAAGAAAACUAUCUAGCUCAUUUCUGUAACUCAUAAAAGAUUUCUAAGAUAGUAUCAGAGUAAAUGUUGUAAAAUAAAUGCUUGUGUUAAUGCCUGCCGAUGAGGACAUUAUGGCAAGCAGAUGAAAAAAAAAGCUCACAUAGUUCUUUCCAGUCAGAGGUGCUGUCCAGGAGAAUGUGAGAACUGUAUUGUCUCUUGUGUCUGAUCAUUUCUUAUUAAUGAUCCUCAGGUUUUUCUACACUUGUGUGAUGUUGGCCAAAUAACUACUGUUUGAUAAAAGAUGAUAUUAGGUCUUUCUUUGGAUAAAUGUUUCCAAAGAACCAAACUUAUACUUUGUUGGAAAAAGCAAUGUUGUGUGUCUCUUGAGAUGUGAUCAAGUUUUUUCUGCAGCCUAAUGUUAUCACUUACACAUAGUGAAGCCUAUGAAAAGCAAAAAGAAGUUGAUUUAUAAGAUUGUUGAAAUUCUCUAUCUAUAACAAAUCAUUAUACUCUGGUUUUGCUAGGAGAAAAGCAUUAGUUGUACUGGGAGCCACAAUGAUAUGGCCUAAUACCACCUGAAGUUCAUACCAGACCCAGAAACACUGAUGCUUUUGCAGUCUGGCCUUUGCACCUGGAUUAUCAAUAAAAUGUGAGCUCAUAGAGACAAUCUUGAUUUUUAUUAACCAACAGUUUGCAACUUACUCUUGAGUCUUUGAAAGAUUUUUGCUUCUGUCACAAUAUAUACAUGAGACACUGUUUGCUUCACCAAAAAUUCACUAGCAGAGCAGUAUAGAAGUAUCAGAAAUUUACAAGACUUGAAGUAAAAUCACCGCUUAUUCCAUCUAAAAUCUCCCAUCAACCUCUAAAUGGUGCUGAAACCUUUUACAGUGCUCCUAUAGGCAAAAAUGGAUUAAAUUUCUCAAACUUUCUGCCCCAUCAUGGUCGACAGUUAGACAGUAUUUAAUGAUGGAUUCUCUCUGUGUUCAGGAUUCCCACAUUGCUUUGUUUUAAACUGAUUUCUCUGCCAUCCGUGUUGCAUUUAACAUUGCCUGGGGAAUUCCUUUGUAUAUCUCAAGCACUACUGAAAAAAUGCCACCCUUUUUUGUAGUGAUUAAUUUCUAUCUGCUUUUUUUCAUGUUCCAUAGUAACUUUCCUUUUUCUAGUUCAUUAGAAUUUUUUUUAUCACUGUUGGUUUUGUGCUCAUUUGAUAUGGAAAUAACUGUAACUGCCUGGAGUUAACAAUGUCUAAGAACAAAGCUCUUCUCUGCUUUCAGUUUCUCAGAGCUCAGAUUGAGAAAUUCUCUUACAUUGAAGACAACAAGUUAAAGUAGAAUGUGAUAAAUUAAGCCAAGUGUCUUUAGAUUUUCAGUAAUGUUUAAGGUGUCUGGAAGUGGCACUAUUUAAAUGAGACCUGAAAUGUGUGUUUAUGAUGCAGAUGAAGAAGUGACCUAGAUAAAUGAUUUCCAGAUAGAAGAUUCUGUGUAUGAAUUUUUAUGUACAUGCAGAUAAACCUGUCAUGAUGUUGUAUCACAUUAUCACAUUCUGGGUUUUAGAGGAUUUUUUCUGAAAAAGCAUCGACAUACAUAUUUUUCUAAUGUAGAAACACAUUAAAUACAAGGGAAAGAAAAUCUACAUUAUGAGAAGCAGGAAUUGGAGAAGUGUAGAGCAGGAACUUCAAUGGAAGCAGACAGGUUUAGUAUUUAAGGUCACACUAGCAUGACUUAACCAAACAUUUGGAAGUGGGCUUUACAAAUAUCCUCUACAUUUUUUUACCCAAUCAAUUGUAGUGGAGAAUAUCACACAACUCCACAUUAUUUUUCCUUCAGGAACAUUUGUGUUGAAUAACUGAUAAAGUCGCCCUGUAGGGAGGAAACUAUUAACAUUCAGAGCUUAGAGUCUCAAUUUCUUAUGUGUCAAAGUUGCAUCACUGGAUAGUGAGUAAUUUGAUGCAACUUGGGGUUUUAUUGUAGCAUCUAGUCUGCCCCCAUGUUUGGCCAUAUGUUUAGCUUCCAAAUUUAGGGCUCUUUAUGACUCUGAAUGCUGUAAGAAACUUGUCUUAAUCACUUAAUCACACAUUGCAACUCACUUGCAUUGUGUGGCUUUCUUUCUGCUUUACCCUUUUGCAGAAUAUUAUUAUAUUUUAAAUUAUUCUUUAUGAAAUAGUUGUGUUUCUUUGGAGAGGCAUGAAUUCAUCUUCCUGGUUUAAGAUGAAGAGUUUGAGAUAGUGUGAAAAUCUUGGCAGUGGAGCUUGCCUAAUUCCCAAAUAUUGACUUUUCAAACUGCCUGCCAUUGCCCUGGACUCAGCAUGGUUUCUAAUAUUAGAAGAUUGAAUUUUUGCUAGGACAUUGACCCUGGAAUUUUCUGAGCUUUGUGCAACUCAUUUGCACAAAGAACCCACAGAGUCCAUUAAGAAAACAGGGACAUAUCUGAAAAGUCAGGACUCAAACCCAUAGAUACCUUCCAGGGAAGCCAAGGUGCACAUCAUGGAAAAGAAACUGGUCCAGAAAUUUUUUCACUGCAAUCAUAUAUUUGGGCCUCGGUCUUUCAGGUAGGGGUUUGUGUCUUCUGUCACUCUUCUCUCUGAGGGAGAGCAAUGAAGCAAACAUCAAUCACCAAUAGUCAGGCUGCAUUAACUGUCCCAUCAUGUGGACCAAAGUAGGAAGUUUCUUCCUGCUAUCUUCACACCAAAGAUCACAUCUUUAGCACAUUGCUGAGAGUCAACCCACAUCACCACCUAGUGCUUUCUGUGACUUCUGCUGACUGUUGCCUGCUUGGAGAGGACUCUAUGACUCGAUGGUCAUGCAGAGGUGAUGUUGUGUGACAGAAGCAGAGGAUUGUAUGGAAUUGAGACGAGGUCUGAUAGGAAGCACCCAGAAGUAGCCACAGGGAAGUACAGCCUCCCUUCCUAGGUUCAGACUCUGAGGUUCUCCCUGUCUUUCAUGCUUCUGUUCAUUUUCCCCAUUUCUGAGUCAGUGUUAGUUCAGAGUUUCCUGCAUCCUGUUCCAAGAAGUGUCACUAUCAACCCACUAUGCUGUCUUGGUUGGUACCAGUCACAGCCAUUUGUAUACCAGUGUAGUGAGAAUAUGGCUGUACUGACUCUAACUAAGGUAUUGGGAGGAACUUGGUGUAUCUGUGUUGUAUUUUAUCCCUGGCCUUUUUUUAAGCAGCAGAUCUCGAGGCAUAUCCAUGGUCGGCUUCCUUUCAUCAGCAGCAGACCUGGAGGUUCUGACAUUCAUUAAUGUCUGCAGUGCAGGGUCUCCCAUCCACAACUCAUGUCAGACCUCUGUCUUUUUACACUUAUGUGGAAUACUUAAGUUUCAAUAUUUCCUCAAAUUAUUAUCUAUAUAAAAGGGACAUGAGUGUUCAAAGAAAACUUUAGCAUCACAGGCGAUCUGACUUCAGUGGGGUCCUUCUUCCAAGUGAGCAGUUAAGUCCUCCUGCAUUCUAUACUCAGCAACCCAAAACAUUGUCACCGUGAUGAUUUGUGUCCUACUUCUACUGACAGUAAUGAAAACAGAGACUGUUUUCAUCAUGUGGGUUUAGGUCACAAAGCAAAGGAGAAUCAUAAGAAAGUUUUUAUUAGAGAAAAGAAUACUGCUCCCUAAUUCCAUCAAACCAUCUGAGUGAGUUUAAUGUCAUUAGUGUAUUUAAAAUGAACAUUUAGAACUCAGACAUUUAAACCUAUUUUUUUUACCAGAUAAUAUUUAAAGUGUAAGAAUCAGCACUAAGCAGUGACUACUCAAUAAGGUGGGUGAAAGAAAGGAUGCAUAAGGUUUGACACUUGUGCACAGGCAGACAAGUGGCAAAAAAUGCCAGCUGCAGAGAACAAAGAUAAAUGGAUCUUUAUUAUGAGUCUUCAAAGAAGGUAAGGGCCAUUAAGUGGAAAGAGCUUAGUAAAUGUCAGUGGGCCAUACUUUUUGGAUGUUUCGUUCUUCAGUGGACAAAGUCCUUGAGUAAUGUUGUAUGAGUGCUUGUGUGUCUUCAGAUAUCAAGAUGCUUACAUUCAUGGCUUUCAUCAUCUUGUGUUUCCCAAUAAAGCAGGUUCUGAGAUGACAAGUGUGCCUCUGCUGGCAGACAGUGUGGCUACUAAGAAAGUCACUUCCAAAUGGAGGCCCAUAUUCCUGCCUUUUUGUUGUUAUAAACAAAAAGAGAAAAGAAGUAAAGGAGAGAUGGAUGCUGAUUCUCAUGGCCAUUUCUUGAGGACACAAGGGCUGUGUGGGCAUCCCACUGUCAAGGAGAGCCUUGGAGAAUCAUUUCUUAUUGGAUGGAAGGGAAGAGAAACAGCUGCUAGCCAGUGAUUGUCUGUUGUGAUAUUGUAUGAGUUGUGACAGGUGUCUGGAAACACAGCAGUUAAAGAACAGGAGAAUUAUACAGACCAAUAGUCCUUCUGAGGAAGGAGCCAUGAGGUCCAUCCCCAGACAUUAGUGCAGGAGGCAGGCACAUAUUGUCCAAUUUCUGAGACCUUUCCACUAAGCCUUUGGGUUGCAUCUUAUACUAUGCCUAAUUGGUUUGUGUAAAAACAAUAUCCUUUUCUUAAAUGAUACAGAAGCCACCUUUUUCCACCAUUAAGAGGUCUAAGCUUUUUUUGGUUUUGGACAGUCACUGAUUCUAAUGAAGUAAUUUGUGAUUGUAAUUCUAAUGAAGUAAUCAGAAACUGCAUUACUUUGGUUUGGGGUAGCUCUUUAAGUUUCUGAGAGAGAUCUUCACAUAAGGAAUGAUAGUUAAGAGACAGCUUACCAGUCCAACUAUUUCUGUUCCCAUUGCAGAAGUUAUUUUCAGGUCAUGAAAAAAAGAGAUUAACUAAAUCACAUUGCACUGCUGAAUCUGGGCUUUCAGUUUAACAGGCCAACUCUGGUUUCCCAGGCCUGUGCCUAUGUGUAAUUUAUAUUUCCAGGUGCAGUUGGUGGGAAGGCACAGGAGAGCUGAAGUUCCUAUAGUGUGAGAUGCCUCGACUGUAUGGACAGAGUUGAUUAUGAAUUCCCAAAAUAUAUUUACAUGUCCUUUAUUAAUUAUUCCAAUUGUUUAAUUUGCCUAACAGUACAGCAACUCUACAUUGUUGAAAAUUGCUUCUGUUUAGAGAAAUCUGAGGAGCAGGUGUGGUUUGAUUUUUCCAGUGGGGCAAAAAUCUCUUGAUUCCUACCAGCUACUCAGAGUAAUGAUUGAAAAUGAGCACAACGAGACAGUGAGAAUUCGUAGGAGUCUGAAUGCAGAGCUUCCUUGUGCACAUCUGCAUAUGGACAAUGACAGCCAUUGCCGAAACCAGAGUGUUUGUUACGCAGUGAAGCAGUGACAAUCUUGAGAGGGGCUGAGCAGCAAGGGGCUGACCCUUGACUGAAUAAGGGUUUUGAAGUUGUUUAGUGAUUAACAAUGAUUGGGGGAGGCUAACAUGAUUAGCAUAAACUUACACUGGUGUAGGGAAGGUGUCUAAACAAAGAACUGGAAGACAUAUUGCACUGAAUAAAAGGUUAGUUUGAAAAGUUAGAUCAGCAUUGUGGCUUCUUGAGGUAUCUGUAGUUUUAUCUGAAUCCUUAUAAGGAGUGAAACAUGACAAGUACAUGUAAAACUAGACUUUUCAGGCUAGUUCAUUUUGUCUUUGAACAGCAGCAGUAAGUGAAAAUCACAAGGACAAAAAGAGACCCACAUUUCCCAAAUGCUAGUAUGUGUAAAUGGAGACUCUACUUGCAUGUGGUGAUGGUGAAAUUUCUGCUAGCUCAUACCUGGUGCAAAAUAGAUGUGACCCCACAAGUAACCGCACAUGUGGAAAACCAGAUCCAACAAUCCGUAGCCAAAAUGUGGUUAGAUCAGUUGAUUAAGGUAUGGGUAAGCUGUUCUAUUGGGUACAAAGAGUGGGACAUCAGCAGGGAGGCAGACCUGAGACCAUCUGUGGGGAAUAAGGGUAUUAUAUUGUUGAAUGUGAUUGUGUACAUAGGACGUGAUUCCAUCCUGGAGGUAACAAGCAACUGAGUUACAGUACUAAUAGAAUGGGUAGGAGAACCAUAAAUAAGAGGCCUAUUAAGAGCAGAGAUUGUCUGGGCUCUGUGUAUUUUGCCAUGGGCCUCCACAUAGAGUAUCAAACAGGAGAAGGGAAAGAAAGGCAAAAAAUAAUGUGGCUUCCUGUGAGGAAAAAUCACACAUUGUAACCUUGAAAAUACAAGAAACUAUCUAGGUGUAACAAGACUGGAGAUAGGAGAUUGAUGGAGAAACAAGGUCAAAUCAGCAAAAACUAAUAAAAUACAAUUAGAUAGAAUGGCAUGAUGUACUGGGACAGCACUUAGGUGCUUUCUGGAAUUUUGGUCAGCCUGAAUGAUGUUGAGGAGAUUGCUUGCAAUUUCUUUGAAGGAGAGGGGUCAGGUGAAUUUUCAGCUGAACACAGAUUUAUUGUGGAAUUGUGAAUUGACUGCAAGGAGUUUUGCACAUGGAUCACCAUUGGGGUGCUAUAGAGGACUCUGAAAGGUCCCUUCCACUUUGCCUGUAGGGAUAAGGAGUUUAAUAAAAAUCAUUUUGUUAGCCAGGUUAUUAUGUUAAAACAGGUGCCAGAAGGCAGGGGAAGGUUAACAGUAUAUUGUAUUUCUUUUUGGACCUAUUGCAAACCUGGGAGAUAAUCUCCAAUAACCUAGACUUCUAGGAACAGAUCUGGCCCAAUGAGAAAGGUGCAAAGUAUGUAAACCCAAAUGGGUUGCACCCAGUAGGUCUUGUAGGAAUGACUUGCGUUCCAAGGAUGGCUAUUGGGGAGAAAGGACCGGUCCUUGUGAAGCCUUAAGGAGGGUGUAAAUUCCUUGUAACUUUCCAGGUGAUUAGGGUAGAUAUCAAGUGAGAAAUUUGCAUUGUAUAUCAAGUGACUUGGACUCUUCUGUGUAAACUGACUAAUGCAAGCAAGACCAGUAUCUGAUUGAAUAAAGGUAAGGAGAGCAAGUCAGACAAGUAUAUCAGUUAGUAGAUAAUCAGUCAGUUCUGAAACUGUUUUGAACUCAUUGGAAUACUUCUACCCACCAAGUGAACCUGUCAACGCAGAGCAAAAAUUGUCUCAACAUUUACAAUGGGACAUGUGGAUGAGAUCAAUCUGCCAGUCCUCAGUUAGUGAAAAACCUUGAACUGAUGUGUGGGAAAGGAAGGGGACUCAGGGAUCUCUGAGUCAUAGUCAGACAAAGCAUUGAGCUGUAAUAGUCAUAAAGGGGGUCUUCCAGGAAGGGAAGGAAAUAAGUGGCUCAAGUAGGCAGACUCAUGAUUUCUAACCUUUUUUUUUGAUAAUGAAAAUUAUCAUGGAGAGAUGAAGGCAUAGAGUAUGCCUGUGAGACAGGGAGAAGGGUCUUCAUUAAGCUAGGAACCACCUGUGCUGUGUGGGCUUGUGUUGGUAUUAUUGAUUACCAGAAGGUGAGUAGAGUAGAGUGAAGCAGGGAGGGGCAAAGUGUUUGCCUUUGUCUGUGGUAGGAGAGAUUAGCUGCCCCCUUGGUGGUUUUAUGUGUAAAGACACUUCUAUGGGAUCUGAAAGUCCUUGGAGUCUUAAACCACAGCCAUUAAUGUUCAUGGAAGAGCUGGCUGGUGAAUGGCCUUAAAGUAUAGAGUACUGCUGAUUGAGGACCCUGAAACAUGACCAAACCUUAAAGUUGGCUGUGAAUAUCUGAUGCAUACUGGCCAAUAUAAUUUGUUCUUAAUAAGUCAUGUUUCAUCUGUGAGUGGGGCUUCACAUUCAUAUAUCUGUGGAGGGCCUCAAUUAAGUACCCCAGAAUUGAAGGACGAAUUUGUUACUUAUCCUGGGCAGUUUCUUUUAUCUUUUCAUUACUGACUGACCUACUCAUAUGCCCUCUGCCUGCAUCAGUUAAAUGAAUAAUCAUGUCCUUGUGUUUUUGUUUGGGCAUCAUCUCUAGUCAGACAUUGUCAAUCAGAGUUCCUAUCAGGUACUGCAACUUUAUCCUUGUCCCUGAUAGUACUUCACACAUGCAGUUUGGAGAUCAUAGUAUGUGCUAUGCUUCAUGGGUGGACCACCUUUUUAAGGCUGCAUCAAUUAGAAAAUGGUAAGAUACUACACACCUACAGUUUGGUGGUAUGUGCUGUGCAGGUUUAUCCUCGUCCUUGAAAUUACUUCACACAUGCAGUUUGGAGAUCAUAUUAUGUGCUAUGUUUCAUGGGUGGACCACCUUUUUAAGGCUCCAGCAGUUAGAAAAUGGUACACAAAGAUCUUCUCAAGCCAGAACACAUGUUAUUACCAAAGCCUGAAAGAGACCCAUGAAUCCAUUAGGUCUGGUUCUAUGUGACACCAUUGAUAUGUGGACACAUCUUGUGCAAUAUCCAUGUAAUACUGUGUCUUCAUAAAGGACCACAAAAACCUGGACAUGUAUUUUUGUCCACUCUUCCUGCAUCUUACAAAACAGAUUAAGCUGUAAUAGUGCACCAAGGUCAUGUUGCCAUUCAGAUCCCUUGUCUUUCCACCUUCUAACUCAUACUUCUCCCUCUGUGAACUACAAAGAACAGUCCUCCAUUUCUGAUCCUUAAAUCCUUGCCCUUAAAAUGGUCCCAAUUUUCCACAACUCAUCCUAAAUUUUAUGCUUGAAGGACAGUCCUCAAGCCAUCUAUGCUCUAGAAAGAUGCACUUCACACCUUGAAGAACUCCCCUCUGAACCUCAAAUGAUGUGUCCUCUUUAUGUUCUGCUGAUAGCUCACCAAGAUAUAUGUAGUAUGCUGAAUCUUUAGGUCUCUAAGGCUGAAAGAAAAAACUCAAAACAUACCUUCAAACAAAUUCCCAUCAUUGAAAAAGAACAUUUUGGGCAUACCAGUAAAAGAGAUAUGGGAAUACUUCUUUUCACUUAAAACUGUGGAUUAGGGUUUCAUGCACAUAUUUAUAAAAAUUUUUACUUUACUCUUUUGUGGCUUAAUAAUACUCCAUUGAUAAAAACAAUAUUAUUCAUCCAUUUCUUAGUGAUAGGCAUUUGGCUUGUUUCCAAAUUCUACUAUUUAAAAUUGUACUGCUGCAAAUGUGGGUGCACAUAUUUCUCUAUGUAUGAUGUUAUUAAUUCUUCAAGGAAAAUGCACAGAAGUGGAAUAACUGGGUUAAAUGUGGCCAUUACUAGUUUUUUGAAAAAGUCCCUCUGAUUUCCACAAUAGUUGCACUAGUCUACAGUUCUACUAACAGUUAAGAAAGGUGCCUUUUACCACACAACCCUUCCAAAUUUUAUAGUUAACUCACUUCUUUAUAUUAACUGAUUUUUCUGGGCUGAGAUGGAAUCUUGGUAUUGUUUAAUUCACAUCUCUUGAAAGGCUAGAGAUUCUUUACCAACUGUAAUUGUUCAUUCUUUGUAUUUCUUCUUCUGAGAAGUGUGUAUUCAUCUCAGAUUUUCUCUUAUGAAUUGCAUUGCUAAAUUUGCGAGGUCUGACUUGUGAGUUCUUUGUAUAUUCUCACUAGUAAUCGUUGUCUAAGGAGCAGCCAAAAACAUUUUUCCCAGAUUCUAGGUUUUCUUUUGACAUCCCAGAUUGAUUGUUUCUCUUGCUGUGAAAAAUAAAAUCCUAGUUGUCGAUUCUUUAUGAUACUUGUUGUGCAAUCAGUUUUAAAGUCUUGCCUAUGUCAUUGUCUUCAAGAAUUUUACUGUUUGUAUGUUUCAGCAGAUUCAAUAUUUCUGUUUUAGUAUUGGGAACUUUAAUCCAUCUCAAAUUUAGCUUAGUGUGUUAUGUGAGAUAUGAAUGCAAUUUUCAUCAUUGGCCUGUGCCAAGCAAGGUUUUCUAGCACCAUUUACUGAAGAGGAUUUCUUUCCAGGGAAUGUAUUUGGAAACUUUGUCAAAGCUAAGGGGACUAAGGAUGCUGGCAGUUGUUUCAAGCAUCUUGUCAUUUGCUCCAUUAAUCCUCAGGUGUCUUUUGUUUGUCAGCGCCAUGCUGUUAAGCACAGUACUUUAUAAUAUAAUUUCAAUUUGAUGCCCACUCCCUUGCCUUUGCUACCCAGAAAUGCACGUGCUUUUCCAUGUCUCUUUGGGCUUCAAUUAAGUUUAAGAAUACUUUUGUCUAAUUCUUUGAUGUAUGUGGUUGAAAUAUUGAUCAAAAUUGCAUUACAUCUGUUUAACAGUUUUGGAGCUGUGGCCACUUUCACUAUAUUGGAUCUUCCUAUCUAAGAUUAAGGGAUAUCUUUCCAUUUUCUGAUAUCCUUUUCAACUUCCUUUUUCAAAGUACAGUAGUUUUCUUUUUUCUUUUUCUUUUUUUUGUUUUUUUUUUUGUCUUUUUUGUUUGCAUCAGUACCAGGGAUCGAACUCACAACUGCCUGCUUGCAAGGCAGGCACUUAUGCCGGUGAGCUAAAUCCCCAGCCCCUGAAGUACAAUAGUUUUCAAUGUAAAGAUCUUUUACAACCCUAUAAAGUCAUUUGAUUUCCAGAUGUUUCAUUUAUUUAAGUAAUAUAAUGAAAAUUAUUAUAUGCUUAAAUUCUCUCUCAGUUGGUUUUUUAUUCAUGUACAGGAAGGCUAUUGACUUUUGAGUGUUGAUUUUAUAUCCAACUAUGCUGCCAAAUUUUCUAAUCAGAAUUAAUCAAUAGGAACAGUUCUUUAGUGGCAUGUUUUGGGUCUUCUCUAUAAAAGAUCCUGUGAUCCAUAAAUAGUGAUAUUUACAUUCUGCUUUUCCUAAUACUAUUCUUUUCAUUUGCUUCUCUUGCCUAGUUUCUCUGGCUAAGGUUUCCAGAACUAUGUUGAAUUAGGAUGAAUUUAUUCUCUUUCCUUUCUUGGGCAGUUAUAUGUUGCAUCAUUUUCUUAAGUUGCUCUAUUUAUUAUUUUUGCCUGUCUCUGCGCCAGAAUCACUAUAUAUGGUUUUCAUUGUUCCUUUCUUCAUCUAUCUGAGAAAUUAUUUCUGAUUUUUUAAGCCUCUUUCAAUUGCUUGGUUGUUACCACUUCAAAGAGGCAGGAUGGGUGGCAUUCAGGUUAUCUCAGGUCUUUGACCCAUGAGUUUGCCUUUGGUGAGCUCAAUGCCUGUGAUUUCAUCUCAUUUUUGUUUUUCUUUUUUAAAGUUUAUUUCCUGAGUUGAUGCUUGUAAGCUGUCUAUAGUGAGUUAUUUUAUUGCUAGUAUUGAAACCAGUUAUACAAAGAGAAUAUGUCUUCCAUGUGUAGCUGGUUUGGAGGCUUUAAGUCCCUGGCAACAUUCUCCAUCUUCAAUUUUGGAAUAAUGAGAAGUUGCUACCUGUUCAUCUUGUGCCACAUUUCUUUGGUGCUGUUCCACAGUGCCUUCCAAGAAUCCUAGUCAGUCUCAGUCUUGGAACACUAUGAAUAAUAGCCAGUUAAAACAGCUAUGACAUCCCAGGCUAACGAGAACUGCCAGCCACAACAUUACUGUCCAGCACAUCCUAGAAAUUGACAAACUGAAGUAACCACCACUCUAGCACCUUUAUCUCCAUGAAAAUGAUUUGUUGUUAUAUAACAAAAUCUAAAACAAACUAAAAAAUAAUAUGCUGUGCAUAAAUCUUUAAUAUGUCAAUUUUAUCCUAAUGGAUUAUAAUUUAACAGGAGGUAGAGAAAGAGAGAAGUAGACUAUGAGGAAAUGAUAAGAAGUAGAGGACUAAGGAAUAUCUUGCUAAAUUUGGGAAACUGGUGCAGAAGACAGAAAGGGGAGAGAAAAGAAAGGAAUGAAAAGACAUACAGAACAAGAUCCACAGAAAGACAAAACACCACUUUCACACUCAUAAAAAUAAAAUUAAACAUUGGUGUGGAACAAGUAUAAGUCCACUUCAACAUUUGUCUGUUCUGUCACUAUUAGGUAAUGUGUGGAGACAGAGUAAAGAUUUGUGAUUUAUCCCAACAACCCACCAGUAACUUUUAAGUCUGUGUACUGGAUAAUCUCAGCAAGCCUACAUCUUUAUUGCCCUUGGAGUUUAGGUUGUAUUUUGGAGGAAGGCACCUCUUCCCCUCAAUAUUCAUAUCAUUACCUUCUAUUUAUUUCUUUGCAAUUGGUCAUAUUACUUCUGCUCUAAUGUAACACAAUAUUUGAGACAGAGAAUACCUACAUUUCUGAUUUUAAAAGUGUAACUAGACAGUGUCUGCAUUCAGAAGCUCAUGUAUUUGUGAUGUGAUCCUGUACUGUUUCUGGUUAGGAAGUUUCAUUUAACUUGCUCUUCUGUAGAAAUCUUUGAAAAAUAAUGAAUAGAAAUUGAAUUUUAGAAAAUAAUAUUUAUACUAAGAUUCAAAUAAUCAGAUGAGUUUUUUCUUAGUUGUUUCUUGCGAUUAAUAUUAAGAUAGGUUUCUAUUGCUGAAACAUGCUUAUAUUUGAUGACCAGCAUUUGCAAAUAUGUUGUAUCUUUCCUAGAUGUUUACAUUUCCUACACAAUAGGAAGCUUAAAGUUUUGAAUCAGUGACAAAGAUUCAGAUAUUAAAAAUGUAAAUCAAUGCAUUCUAAAUUCCCAAGAUAAGACAGGCUCCUAUGCAAUACAUUUUAUAAAUAUAUUCAAAUAUCAUUCCUAGAGUAUCAUUCCUAGAUGUAGCUCAGCAGUUUAAGUGCGUGCCUUGCAAGCAUGCAGUUGUGAGUUCAUUCCCCAGUACCGAUAAAAAAAAAAUCCUAACUCUAGAAUAUAUACACUGUGAAUUUUAUCAUCCCUGUUCAUCCAUUCCUAUUGGCAGUGACUUCCAAACUGCACUGCCCUAUGAUCUGUAUUCAUAAAAACAACUAAUUGCUAAAUAUUGGCUUCAGCUUUUGAUAUCCUCUAUCUCCAUGGGAAAUGUUAAGAAAUUUAUUUGUAAAUAGAUGUUUUGAAAAACACAUAAGUUGUAGCACCUUGUGCAGUUACAUACAGUUAGGCUGCCAUUCAAGCUGCCCCACCAGCCUAAGUUCUCACUUGUGCGUCUUUAUUCCAUUUUAGAUCCCAGCAACCACCACAGCCGCAUUAGAAAUAUUGUACCCAAACUCAGUUGACUUUCUCUGGCACUUUAUUUUUCCUGUGGAAGCUCCAGCCAGUGCUCCUUUGCUACCCUUGCUGAAGUUCAUCUUCACAUUGCUAAUGAGCACAUUGCUGUGGGGUAAAUAUAUGCUACACACAUUAUGUAUCUACAGUAUAGUUUCUGUACCUUUGAAAUUAUGUUCAGUGUCAUAAGGAAACACUUUCAACCUGCUGUGCCCUUACAACUGUGUCACAUAUGUGGCAUAAACUAAGUACAUGUUCUCCACAUUUUCAUACAAUGAACCCUUGUCCAUGGUUAUGGAGUCAGCACACUGUAUUUACUUUUGCAUUUCCUGUGUUAAAAUCUGUGCCCUAACCCUUGCAAACAUAAUUGUAUUGUGGCUUUAUAUGGGAUAUAGUUGUUCUAUGAAAGCACCAUGCACUCACAGGUGGGGAUUUUGGGAGAUGACCGAAUCUUGGAUAUCAAGGAUACAUGAUGUUUGAUUAUGCCAUAGCUAUGUGUGAUGUUAGGAGGUAACACCUGGUGAAAGAGGUGAGUCACUGUGGAUAUGACCUGUAUGAUUUUAUGUGUAUCUCUCCUCCUCCUAUGAUGUUUUUUGCUUCCCUAUGCCAUGCCAUACAUAAUUAUCCUGUUUUCCAUUCCCUUCUACCAAGCCACCCUGACUUGGAUUCAGCAAGGUAUGGACUGAAAAUUCUUUAAUUUCAUUUUGAAGAGAAUAAAACCAAAUGAGACAAAACAAAACUGUGUAUUUAAACAAAAGAAUGAACGUAAUACAUGACAAAAACAAAAUACAAGGUGAUCUAUAAUGGCUAGUGCAAUGCCUCUUUAUAUUCAAAAGAAUUGCCCGUAUCAUCAGGCAUAAUAAAUAAAAAAAAUACAGAACAACCCAAUUAAAACAUAACAAUGGAGACACUAUAGGACUUCAAAAGAAGAUGAGUCAGAUGAAAAUCGGUAUGAUAGUAUAUUUCUUUUUCUUCAUAGUAGUUGCCUAUACCACCAAACAUAAGAUCAGUCAAAGCAAAACAAUAAAAGCAAUCAAGUUAUCAAAUGAAGCUAAUAGGAAGUCAAAAAUGGUUAUCAUAAUAUAUUCUACUCUCUAUGGAACAGCUGUCCAUGCCAUCAAAUCUAAUACAAGUAGACAAAUGGAAUCAGAAUAUAACCAAACUAAACUGAGCAAUGAAAACAAUGUUUCAAAUCAUGAUAAUAGAUUAACAAUGGCCACUGUCUCCACUUUUUAGACAAUUCCUCCCCUUCCAGUCACAGGAUGUAUUAUACAGUUUGGAUCCCACUAAGUCCUUUAGUUUUGAUAUUAGGGAAGAAAGCCACUAUUCACCUAAAUGACCACAAACCUUUUUACCCCUGAGCAUGAUUGCAAAUGGUAUCCAUUUACCUACAAGUGCUUCAGGGUUAUCUUUCUUUAUAGCUGAGUAGUUUUCUAUUGAAUAAAAGUGUCAUGGUUUUCUAACCAUUCUGCAGUUGAUGGGAAAAACACUUUUUUCUGGUUCCCAAUCACAUACAGAAUUGUUUUUUCAUCUUUAACUUUCAGUCUAUAAACUCCAUUUUUUAGUUUACUGUAUUUCUUGUAUAAAGCACACUGAUAGUCCCUGUCUCCUCAUCCACUCUGCCCGUGUUUCUUUUUAUUGCUUACGUGAGGUCCACUGUAUUAGUAAUUAUGACCAACCUUCUCUGCCUCAUCUCUUCCAUGGUAUUUUUAUGUCAUUGUUUGUCUAUUUUCCAAUUCAUUCCACUGUCUGCUCCAUUCAGUGAAGACCCCCUUCCCAGUUCCUGAAUCCCUGGGCUUGGUUUUCUCUCCAGAAUAAAUGUCCUUUAGUGUUUUUGUAGGGUUGGUCAUGAAUUCCAUCAGUUGUUCUUUGUCAUGGGAGUAUCUUGUUUUUUCAUUAAUUUUAAAAGAUUGUUUUUCAGGAUGCAUCAAUCUGAUUGGAGGCUAUUUUUCUUUCAGGAUUUGGAAUACUUCACUGCCAGGUUUUCUUGAUUUGGUAGUUUGUGUGGAGAAAUCUGUCAUGAAUCUGAUGGGUUUUCAUUAUAGAUGAUCCGUUACUUUUCUCUGACAGCUUUUAGUAUUCUGUUCUUGUGAUGAGUUUCUGGCAUCUUGAUUAUUACAUUAUCUGGAUGAAGAUUAAUUUUGGUUAUAGCAGGCUGGAGUUUUGUAUGUUUCACUUAUCUGAAUAUCAUUUCCUUUUCCUAUCAUUCAGAACGUUUCUUUAAUUAUUUCUGUAAUUAGGCUUUGUAUUUCAUUUGUAUUUACUCCUGCUUUUGCCCUCAUAUUUUUAUUCUUAAAUUAUACAUCUUCCUGUCAUUUUGCAGUCUUUGUAUUGUCAUUUCUUGGUUCUUUGUUAUUUUUAAGAAAUGUUUCCUUUCAUGAUUGUAAGCUGCAAACCUGUCUUCAAGGUUUGAUAGUCUAUUUCUAGUUUCUUUCAAGCAGUUUUGCAAGCUUCUAAUUUCCUGCUGAUCUCUUCAAAUCUGUUUCAUGUAAUCUAAGUGUUAUUUAUAUUUGUCGUUGAAAUUUUUCCUCAUUUUCCUGUGUUCCUUUACUCUCUCAUCUGUUUUUUAGGGGUGCUUAGAAUUUUUUUCCUUUCCUGGGUUGGCUACUAUUUCUGUGAAACAAGAUAAUUUGCUUUCUGGAGCACAUGCUUGCUAGGGAUAUUUGAUUGUGUUUCUCAUUUCUUCUUUUACCUGAGAUAGUAUUUCUGUUCUGAUUUCUUUUCUAGCCCCUUGAAGUUGAUUCUUUACCUCAGUUACUGUUACUUCAGAAACUUCAGGUGUGUGCCUCCCUGUGUCUUCUGUGUUUACAUCUCCUUGACUAGUACUGCUUGGGUUGGAGGCCAGAGACUGCCUUUUGCUUCUUCCUUUUCUCAUGUACCUGGUAGUUUCUAGACCAGUGGAUAGUAGGGUCCCCAGCCCUUCCUGGGUUGGCUACUAUUUCUCUGAAACAAGAUAAUUUGCUUUCUGGAGCCCAUGCUUGCUAGGGAUAUUUGAUAGUGAACAUUGGUUGUGCUAGUAUAGAUCUAUUUUGCUGCCUUUCCCAGAAUGCUGUGGCUCACCUGUUGUUGCUGUAGUGCAAACAGGGUGGGGCAGGAGCUGGUUAGCAAGCCGGAAACCUUCACUACAUAUAGUACUCAUGUCGUAGAAGCUGGUUGGGGAUAGCUUUAGGGAAACCACGGUGAUGGCUGUUGGAAUAUGUACAGGGGCAGGACUCAUGCCAAGCAAUUUCUGCCAGUUUGCUCAGAGCUAGGAGUGGCUGAAUGAAGCCACCUGCAGUUUUGGUUCCAGGAUUUCCCUGCCCAACUCCAAAAUGGCCUGUGGCCAAUUGUUCAAUCCUUUGGGAGGACUGAGUUGCCCACACUCGGAGCCAGCCAGUGUGAUUCUCCAGUCUACUGCUCCCCUCUGCAAUCACAUCUCCCUGUAGAAGCAUUUGGGCUUGCCAGCCAUCACAUUCACGGACUGUGUAUCUCUUGGUUUCAACAACUUUUCUAUCAUGGUGGUUCUGGCUCCAGGUGAGUGUGCUGCCAGCUAUGGCCCACUUCUCUUUUUAAAUUUUUCUAAUUUUAUUCUCUCUCUGGGCUUCAGUUUUAACUUUAUGGUCAUCCAGGUCCAGGGGGAUCCACUUCCUUCUUUCUUGUCUUCUCCAGUAAUGCUAUAUUCAGGCAUAUGGACUGUUUCUCUACAGAAGCUGUUUCCUCUGCUGCUUACUGUUCCUCAAUCUUCCCAGAUCCUCUGAACUGAAAAUUCCACAAAAUUUGAAGCAAAGCACAUUAAUACCUUUUAAAUUAUGGGUAUUGUGAAUUGUCUACUAAUUGCUUGGUGCCAAUUGUGUACAGGGACAGGACUCAUUCUAAGCAAUUUCUACUAGUCUGCUCACAGCUAGUAGUAGCUGAAUGAUCCAGCCGCAGCUCUAGCCACCAACUGCUACUAAGACACAUUUUUUUUUUCAGUUAUAGCAUCUUGAUGACACUAGUAAUUGUUCAUCUGGACUUAUGUGAGUCCACAUGCAGUGGAAAACUGUGUCUCUGCCACAUUUUGAAAAUAAGGUUAUAUUGUAAUGAAAAAAAAUAUUUCACAUUGUGUAUCAGAUUUCCUCACUCUUUAGUUGUCCUUGUGUUUUCCUGUGUCUUUAUUUUGGCUGCCACCUCAAGAGUUGACUGCUGAAGAACAGUGGAUAUCCCCAUAUAGUUCAAUUUACCUUCCCUGAACUUAAAACCAUUUUGGGUCUUUGAUAUUUCUUGAUACCUCAACCCAAACUGGUAUGAGCUCUUAUGAAAACUGAGGAGAAGGGCUGCUGAAAUUUGUUGUAAAAAGUCAGUAAGGAAAUUUUCAUGGGCAAAUAAACUUUGUGUCCUUGGUUCCAAAAAGAAGACAUCUUUAAUAUCUAUGACAGACAGCCAUUUACAUGAAUCUCAGAUUAGGGUGAAUAAGUUAUAACAUUACAUUAAUGAGAAGGAAGUCCUGUACCAAUCUACUUAGGUUUGAUCCUUUUUUACCCCAAUAGUAUGAUUGUUAGGAAAGUUGAUUUGUUUUCUCUAAGAGGCCUCAGUAUUACAGGUCACUGGGGAACAUUUCUUAGUCCACCCUGAUGCUCUUGAUGAUAACAAGUAGGAAGGAUCUUUCAAUGAAUCCAGAUAGGAAUGACAGUCCUGUUCCCAUUCUCUCUCCACAUGGAAAGGACCAUUUGUAAUCCUAGCAAGGGAAACAUUAUGUAGCCUCUGUCCUAGUGAGGACAAGAGUUCUCCAUGGCUUGCACAAUUGUCUCCACAGAAGUACAGUGGGGGUCUCAGGAAUUCUAAGAAAUGUACUUCAACACAAGAAAUAGGCUAUAGGUAUACAGAAGUGUUUUAAGGGUUGUCCUGAGACUCCCCUUAAAUAUGUUGUUAGACUAAAUGUCAUGGGAGUAAAUAACUAGAGAAGCUAGUGGCAGUACCAAAUUCUGAAAUUAAUAGAUAAUCUCCAGACACACAAAGAUUUUCAGGACCUUCAAUUGAUAAAUAGAAGUUAAAGCAUGUAUGAUAUGAUAUGUACCCUAUCCCCUGAACUGAGACUUCACCCCAAAAGCUCUACCAUUGGAAGCAGUCAGCAGGCUGAGGCAUAGAUUCUAAAAUGUUGCCCAUAAAGGUGGCCAUGGCAACACCCAUUUUCUUUUUUUAAAAUUUUAUUUAAAGGAGAAAAAAAAAAAACAGUAAAAGGGUGCCAGUAACACAGAAUUUUUAAAAAAUAGUAUGAAAUCACUAGUUAAUAGAUUACAUAUUGUCAUCUCAGAAAUAGUUGUUCAAGUUACAGGAUUAAAGCAUACAAAGUGGACAUUCAAACAAUGAGACUGCAAACAGUUGUAUUCAGUGAUCCAACAAAAACUUAGUAAUAUGGUCAUCUAUCUUAACACACCUAAACACACUUGCAGUUGUAUCCUUUAGAGCACUUUUUUCCCUCUCUUUUUUACAACAAAAUUUACACAUUUUGGUUUUUAUUACUCCCAUAGUUCUUAGUACUUUUUUUUGGAAGAGAAUAAAACCAAAUAUGACAGAACAAAGCAGUCAGUCAAAAAAAGGGUGAACAUAGUACAUGAUGUAAAAACAGAGUGCAAGAUAAUCAACAAUGGUUACAAUAAUGCCUCUUGCUUCCUUAAAAUGAAUUGCCUAUAUCAUUAGGUAUAAUAAAAUUGAACAAAACAAUAGAGAACAAGACCAAUAAAACCUAAAAAUUGGAGACAUUACAAGAUUUCAUAAGACGGUAAUAGUCAAACCAGAAUGGGCAUCAUAGUGAAUCUUAUUGCCUUCAAAGUAGUUGCCUAUACCCUCAAACUUGAUACUAUCAAACAGAACCAAACAGAGUAAAAUCAGUUAAAACAAGAUGGUGGGAGCAAUACAGGGCUUCAAAUCAAGUUAAUAGGAAGUCAGAAAAGUUACUAUAAUAUAUCCUGCUAAUUUUUUUGAUUUUUUACCUUAAUUAAAAAAAUUAAAAAAUAAAUAAAUUUUGUUAAAAAGGGGAGAUUGAGACAAAAGAGGACAUAGCAACAACAAUAUAGGUCAAGCAUAACAAUUUCAUCAAAUUAGUGCUUCAUCACAAGAUAAUCUGACUUAAUAGUAGGGACCAUAAUGUCUCUUUCCUUUAAAUAUUUGAGUAUAACUUCACAUAUGAUGGCAUCAAACAUAUCAAGGCAGCGUGAAACCAAGAAGAUGAAAGUAUUACAAGGUAUUUAGAAUCAGCUAACAGGAAAUGAACAAUGGUUUCUAUAUUAUCUCUUUGCCUAUAAAAAUUUUGUUUAUACUAUCACAUAUAAUGAAAUCCAGUAAGAUACAACAUGAUAAAACCAAUGGAGACAGAAGAACAACAGUUUGGUGGGACUUCAAAACAAGAUGAUAUUAAAUCAGCACUAGCUAUUAAGAUGUCUUGUUUUCUUCAAAAUAGCUGUUCAAGGGGCUAGGGAAUUAGCUCAGCGGCAUAAGUACCUGCUUUGCAAGCAGGCAGUCAUGAGUUCAAUCCCCGGUACCGAUAAAAAUGAAAAAGACAAAAAAAAAAAAAAACAAAAAAACAAACAAAAAAAACCCCAAAAAACCCAAAAUAGCUGUUUCAUAUCAUCACAGAAAAUAAAAUCAAACAGCCCAAAAUAAAACCAUUCCAAUUAAUGAGCGAAAACUUUAUAAGGCUUCAAAGCCACAUAAUGGGGAAACAUGAUUACCACAUACUUUUGUAUAUUUGAAUCAUUUCUUACAAUAGGGACACUAUUCAGUAUUCAUACAUGUGAGAUUGAUUUAUUUCACUUAUUGUGAGUAUGGUCUCAAGCAGCAUCCAUUUAUUUAUAAAUAUCUCAAUGUGAUCCUUCUUUAUAGCUGAGUAGUACUCCAUUAUAUAAAAGUACCACGGUUUUUUUAUCCAUUCCUCAGUUGAUGGACACUUAGGUUGUUUACAAGAUCUGAAAAUUACAAAUUGUGCUGCUAUAAACAUGGGUGCACAUAUAUCAUUGUGGUAUGAUGCUUUCAGUUCUUCUGGGAAUAUGCCUAGAAGUGGGAUAGCUGGAACAAAUGGGAUUUCCAAUCCCAGCUUUCUGAGCAAUCUCCAUACUGACCUCCACAAUGGUUGCACCAGUCUACAUUCCCACCAACAGUUCAUGAGAGUUCCUUUUUCCCCACAGCCUCUCCAGCAUUUGUUGUGGGUGGUUUUCUUGACCCUGGCCAUUCUUUCUGGAGUCAGAUGAAAUCUCAGUGUGGUUUUAAUUUGCAUUUCUCUAAUGACUAACGGUGAUGAACAUUUUUUCAUGUAUUUAUUUGCCAUUUGUAUUUCUUCAGCUGAGAAGUGUGUAUUCACCUCAGAUGCCCAUUUUUGGAUUGGGUCUUUGAAUUUUGGGGGUCUGAUUUUUAAAAAGUUUUUUAUAUGUUUUAGACAGAAGUCCUUUGUCUGAGGGAGAAUUCACAAAGAUUUUUUCCCAGGUUUUGUGUUUGCUUUUCACUAUGGUGGAGAUUUCUUUUGACAUGCAGAAACUUUUGAUUAACAGGUGAUCCCAGGUUUUGAUUCUGGGAAGUAUUUCCAGUGUGGUUUGAGUUCUGUUCAUGAAUUUUCUACCUACCCUUAUGUCUUCAAGGUUUCUACCCAAUUUGUCUUCCAAUAGAUUUAGUGUUUCUGUUUUAAUAUUCAGAUCUUUGAUCCAUUUAGAUUUUAAUUUAGUACAUGGUGAUAGGCAUGGGUCUAGUUUUAGUUUUUGGCAUAUGGAGAGCCAGUUUUUCCAAUACAAUUUUGUAAAAAGACUGUCCUUUUUGCAGUGAAACUGUUUGGCUCCUUUAUCAAAGAUAAGGUGGUUGAGUGUGUUUGCAGUUGUGGUUGUAUCUUCUUAUCUAUUCAUUUGAUCUUUGGCUCUGUUUGAGUUCCAGUAUCAUGUUGAUUUUAUUACAGUUGCUUUAUAAUGUAACUUCAAGUCAGGGAUUGUGAUGCCUGCUGCCUUGCCUUUGUUGCUUAGAAGUGUCUUUGCUAUUCUAGGCCUCUUCUCAGAUGCAGCAAAUUAUCAAGAAAAUUAUACACCAUGACCAGUUGGGAUUCAUCCCAGGCAUGCAAGGAUGGUUCAACAUAUGUAAAUCAAUAAAUGUAAUCCAUCAUAUCAAUAAAGCCAAAAGUAAGAAUCACAUGAUCAUUUCUAUAGAUGCAGAAAAAACUUUUGAUAAGGUCCAACAUUCAUUCAUGUUAAGAACUUUACAGAAAAUUGGAAUAGAUGGUCUUUAUAAACACCAUCAAUAUAAUAAAGGCCAUCUACGACAAACCAACUAUCAAUAUACUAAAUGGCCAAAAAUUGAAGACCUUUACUUUAAAAUCAGGCACAAGAGAAUGAUAUGCUUUAUCACCACUCCUAUUUAAUAUAGUACUGGGAAUACUAGCCAGAGCAAUUAGACAAGAGAGAGAAAUAAAAGGGGUAAAGAUAGGAAAAUAAGAAGUGAAAUUAUCAUUGUAUGCAGAUGACAUGAUACUCUACAUAGAAUAUCCCCUAAACUUCAUUGAAAUGCUCUUCAAUAUAAUAAAUAAAUUCAGUAAUGUAGCUGGAUACAAAAUCAAUAUUUAAAAAGUAAUCGCAUUGCUAUGUACUAACAAAAUGCACAGAGAGAAAACAAUAAGUGAAGUCACACCCUUUACACUAGCAACCAAAAACUGAAAUAUUUAGGAAUUACUCUUAUGAAAGAAGUGAAAGACCUAUACAGAGAAAAUUAUAAUACACCGAAAAAACAAUUGAAGACAAUCUCACAAAAUGGAAAGACAUCCCUUGCUCAUGGAUAGGAAGAAUAAUACUGUGAAAAUGGUCAUUCUCUCAAAACUGUUAUACAGAUUCGAUGCAAUCCCAAUAAAAAUGCCAUCAACAUACCACAUAGAUCUAGAGAAAUCACUCCUAAAAUUCAUCUGGAGCAAAAAGUGACACACAUUUUCGUGUGUAUCUGAAAAACCUACUUAAAUUAUUGCUGGUUCCCUUGAAACUCGCCAGGCGUCCUGGGACCAUGGGCUCUAAGACCAUGUACUCCCACCGCCUUGCAGCAGUGGACUCCCAGUCCAGCCCUGUCCCUGGCCCCCGGGACCCCGGCCCCCGGGACAGGGACCUCAGUUUGCUACGGAGCAGGAGCUGGAGCCAGGGUUUGCAGGUGGCAGCUGCCCCAGAACGGCCAAGCCUUGGGCCCUCGGACCAGAGGAGCACAGGUGCAUAUACCUUGAUAGCACCGAAUGAAACUCGGAGACAUCAGAUCCAAAGGAUUGCCAAGCAAGAGCUGGCCAGCUUGGAGAAGUGGAAGGAACAGAACAGAGCUAAACCAGUUUAUCUCUUGCCAAAACGGCUGGGUGGAAGUCAGUCAGAGUCUGAAGUCAGGCAGAAGCAACAGCUCCAACUGAUGCAAUCUAAAUACCAGCAAAAGCUAAAAAGAGAAGAAUAUAUAAGAAUCAAGAAGGAAACUGAAGAAGCUGAGCUCCAGAAAAAGAAGGCAAUCCAGAGAGAGAAGAGCAAUAAACUGGAGGAGAAAAGGGCACUUCAAGAAAAGCUCAGAAGAGAAACACUUAGGGAGCAUCACCAAUACAAAACUGCCGAGUUCUUGAGCAGAAUGGACAGAACGCUGCCACACAGAAGUGCCUGUCAAUUUGCUCCUCAUGGCCCACAGUCAUCAACAUGGGGUAUAUGAGAAAUAUUAGUUGCCAUCUGGCCUUCAUCAGCUGACCUUGGAAAAACCUCCUGAGAUGCUUUACCUUAAUGCAAUUUAGUUCAGCCUCACUGUUUUUUACCUUAACUUUGAUGGCCUGUUCACUCAACUGAACAGUUAGGGAUGGUCAAUUUCUCCCUGUCAUUAGUUAUGCAUGUUUGCAGGCACUGAUUACUACACUCAUUUAAUUCCUACUGCCUGCAAAAUGUUACAUUAUUUUUAUAAUUGAUUUUGCCUCUUAUUAGAAUUGCUAGAACAAUAUUAUUAAGACAAAAAAAGAAUAACUUGAUACUUUCAGGUUAAUGAGAACACUGGAUGCUACAGGCUUCUUUCUAUAAGCAACUAUUUCUAAGCUAAUUUUCAGAUCAGGUUUGGGGAAGCUUUGAGAUCUUUUUAGAUUUUUAUAUGUGCUAUCUUAAUCUAGGCAACAAACAUGACCAAAGGAAAAAUAUCAUAUACUCUAUUAAACUUACAAAUAAACUUUGAACUACUUUUAUGGAAAUGAGUUGCUUUUAUUUUUGGUGAAAAGCUCUUAGGCUUUUCUUUCUUCAGGAGUCUUAUUUUAAUAUUUCUUUUUACAGUCCCUAUAGAUCAAAUAUAGUAAAAUAAUCACUGCUGAAUCUUGGCUCUUACUUUGGUCUUUAUUAAUAUGGUCCCCCUGAUUUUCAGACUAGCACAAAUUAUUUCUAUAAAAAUCAAUGAGACACAAACGCAGACAUCGUAUGUCGUUCCUAGGUUUACUGAAAAUGUUUCUUUGCUUAAUGCCACUUAUUUGCCAUUGCCUAUCCAAUAGGCUUUGCCAUUCAACUUCUGUAAGCUUGAACCAGUUCAUGCCCCCCAGAGUACCCAUACUGAUUUCCCCUUCUGUGUUGUCAUAAUCCACUUCCUGGAUCCCACUCUCACCCCAUUAUAUAAGGAAAGGAUUACUGUACAUUUAAUUUUAGAAUAAAUUUGAGGAAUAAAUCAUGUAUUUUAUAGCUGGGCAACCAACAAUUUGCAGCUUUACCUGAUUUCUGUAUUACUAAUUGCUCUGUUGAAAUUAACUUUCCAAAUCUCUUCUUUAUUCAGAGGAAAUUGGGAUUUGAAGUUCUUGGGCCAAGACUCAUGACUAGGGCAAGUAUGCCCUGCAGAAAGGGCCACACGGGGUUGGGUGAGAGGGUGGCUGAGGACAGAUGGUGACCAGGCUUUUUCCCUGGAAUUACAGAUCGCACCCUGCUUGGUUCCCUGUACUCUGCCAGCUGAGGCUGUGUUAGUGCUACUGACACUAAUUUAAAAUCUUUGGUCCAUUUGAAAUCUUUGCUGUUGCAUUAUAUGGGAAACAGUAAAUACCUCAGCCUGUGCUGGAAAUGCAGCCAGACAGACUGUAGAUGCGUGGUGGUGGCAGGUGUUUCACUGCUGUGGAAAGCGGCAGUUUCAGCCCACACUGCCAGCCUGCUACCCCACAGUGGUGAUUCAGUCUGUGUCUCAGCUUGCUGUCCUCACUUGCUACAUCGUCCAGGGUGCAGGCCUGAGUAGGAGAAAUGGACACUUGCUUUCUUUGAAGGCUCUUAGAGAAGUUUUUGUAAACAUUACAUGUAUUUCUCAUAGUUUUAGAGGUUGAAAAAUCUAAAAUCAAGGUGUCUGCAAAUUUGGUAUCUGAUGAGAGCCUGCUAUCAGGUUGAUAAUGUUUUCCUGCUGUGUCCACAUGGUAAAGGAACAAAAGAUACUUAUUGGUCCUCUUUUUGUUUGUUUUUGGAGGUUUAUUUUUUUUGAGAUGGUCACACAUUGUAUUUCAGGCUGGCCUUGAAUUCAUUAUGCAGCCUAGCCUGGCCUCGAACUCAUAUAUUCUCUUGCCUCAGCCUCCCAAGCUCUGCAAUUACAGACACCAAACACCCAUCUUACAUCUCUUGUAUAAGGAUCCUAAGCCUAUUCAUGAGGCUUCCACACCUGUGACCUAGUCUCCUUCUUGUGGCCCCAUAAUGCCAUCCCUCUUAGUAUAGAUUUCAGCAUAUGAAUUUUGGAGAGUUGUAAACAUUCAGACCAUAGCAAAGAGUUUUGGUAAAUCUAGUCAAACUACUUUGUCAAAAGCAGUGUUUAUUACCACCAGAUGCAACAGUACCUUUGUUCCUAUACCCUGCAGGAUACUAUUGAUGAGUUUAAACAUUUGCCAGUAUACUGAAUUAAAAAUAUUACUGGAGUAGUUAAAUCUUCUUUUUCAUUAUGUGUAUGGGGGUUGUUGUUUGUGGUUUUCCUUUGCAGGGAACAAGAAGGGGAGGAAGAGUAUGUGUAUCCCACCUGUAAAAGACCUCUCUGUGUGAAGGUUUUAUAUUGUCAGUAUUCUAAUUGUAUGUGUCUUUUAAUUUAGUGUUACUUAAUUUGAUAAUAAAGUUUGAAAUAUCUGUGUAUUUGGAUUAAAAAAUUAUUGCUGGUAAUAAAAACAUUCUCAGCAUACUUUCUCAUUAAGAGGGUUAAGGAAAAAUUACAUAGCCAAGUGUUGAAGAAUUAUGAAACCUUCUUUGAUGUAAAGGCUGUAAUUAACUUGGAGUGUUUAAAUACAGGCCAAGUAGCACCAAGAGUCUGAAAAGAGAGUGAAGAGUAAUUCUUCAUGAGUCAGGACCAUUCAAAUUUUCCUUCUAACUCAGGUAGAAAUCCAAGGGACAUAGAAACUAGUUCAUCUUGCUGUACUAUUUUUGGUUCUCAUUCCUUUCUCUGUGUCCUUUGUUCUGUCCACAGUGAAGAAAUGAGGAAAUGAGGCAAAAGCACUGCCCUUGUCUCAAAACCAAUGUAUCCGGUAGAAAAUCAGAACAUUAGGAUUGAAGUAAUGAGUAUCAAAAUUUAUUUAUUUUAUGGCAAAUGUAGGAAAAAUGCUAUCUUAGCUACGGAGUGGACUGUCACACAAAGGAUGUUUGUCUCAUGGCCAAAUUGGUUUCUGAUAUAUUCAUUUGGGUAAUCUAGUUUUUAAAAAAUAACACUUGCUGGUUGAUGUGCUUCCAGGCCAGUCAGGCUCUUAGCCUUUGUUUCUGCAGAGCAAAAAAGAUCAUUUAGGUCUCAAACACACUGUAAAUGCAUGUGAGAGUUUUACAAGUGACAGAUGGUGCAAGCAAAUGGGACACACUAAACAUGGCAUGUGCACGUAGAGUUCCAUUCCUCAUCAUGCAGUGAGUGGGAGACAGGUUGAUGGGAGACUCAUGACACAUGUGUGAGGUUUCAGGGAGGGUGAGACUGCUGUGUUGUAUGCUGAUUUUUCUCCCAGCAACAGAUCAGCUAUUUUGUUUUAUAUCUACAGGGUCUUCUAAAUGUCACAUGAGCUUUCAAGUUGAUUGCUUUGAAUGGGCCCUCUCUUCUUCAAUGAACUCAUUCACUUUUGAUUUUAGUGUCAGAAUGUGGGGUUAGGAGGUGGGGAAUUUUUGGAGGCAUAUCACUAAGGACAGGACCUGGAAAAGUGUAUUCUUGUUUGCAGAUCCUUCCACUUUUCCCUCCAUCCAUACUUCCAUGACUUAAACAUCCUUCCUUCACCUUCCUAUUUUGUCAACUACUUUGGACUUUGGAUCCAACAGACAAGUUUUUAACUUGUAGGGAAAUAUAAAUUCCUCUGAGUUUAUUUUACACUUUAUCUUGGUAAAAGAAUAGGAACUAUGACCCCUGAUUAUAGUAUGCUAAAUUUGUUAAAAGUUUAGGUACAGGGUCAAAGUGAAAACUAUGAAUAAUGUUCUCUCUCCCACCCAGCAGUGUGGCCCAGAUAUUAAAAAAAGACAAAAGAAAUAAAAAUCUGCAGUUCCCAGGGAACUGGGAUUAUGAGUUAUUCUUACUGGAAAGUGGGCCAUGCAACAGAGUGCCCAAGACUUUUAUGAGUACUAAUUGGAGAGGUAAGCAUGUGUUAUCACAGAGUGCAUGGAAGGAAACUUUUACAUGCAUGGCUUGUAUUAGGGAAACAAAGCAGUCUUGCACCAGGCACAAAGGCCCCUCAAUUAGUGGUGCAAAGAUAACUUGAUGUGGCAAAGGGUGGUACAUUUUUUUACUGCCACAAAGGCAUAUCAUUCUUUUUGAGUCUCAGAGCAUCAGCUGAGAUGUUAUCUCAUAUUUUCACUGGAAAAAAGAAGGAUGAAAAUAAUGUCUAAAGAACAACUUUCAUAAGGAUUUGAAUAUUAAACACAAACUGAAUCUCUUUGAAGUAAGGUAUCUACAUAUGCUUUAUGUAUGCCUUGAAAAAGUAGAAAAAACAAGUUGUCUCACAUCAUUGCUGUGAUGCAUGGAUAGGUUGUAAAUAUUACUUCACAAAAUGAAAAUUCUAGCUGGGUGUGGUGCCACAUGAGUGCAAUGCUAGUGUUCAGGAAGCCGAUGUGGGAGGAUUCUUGGGUGUUCAAUUUCACCCUGGGCUACAUAAUCAGUUCAAGGCCAGACUUACCUAUAGGGGAAUAACCUGUCUCAAAAACAAAACCUGAUAUACUGAAGGAGAUAGAACAAAGUAUAGAAACAGUAUUACAGCAGGUGUAAAGUGCCAAGUGUAGGUCUGCAGACACGUCCGUAAUUAAGGGGAGAAUGGUGUUCUGUCUAUGGAAGAGCACAUGAAAUUACCUACAAGAUGGGAAAGCAGUGGAUGGUGGUGUCAGGCAAAAUCAGCUCCUGAACAAGGAAUUUCCCUCUGAAAACUGCUUAGUAUGGAACUGAACUAUGAGCUGUAUGUUGGUGCACUUGGAAAGUGAUUCAGACAUUUAAGCUGAAAGAAAUAUAGAAAUUUAAAUGAUUACAUAGGCAGUUUUGUUGUUACUACUACAUCCACCUAAUCAAUUUUAAGUUAAUAGUAAAUUUUUUUCUUUUUUUUAGCUUAAAAUUUCUUGGGCAACAUUAUUUCUGUGUAAUGGCGAUAGUUUGUCACAGAAAUAAGAAAAAUUAAAAGGUAUGUGUUGGUAGGAAUGCAGCUCAGGAACUUCUGGGGAAACAUUUGACCUUUUACAUUUUGAUUUAUCAUUAUUUGAAAAUUUGACACUUAUUUUCAGUAUAUAGACUAGACUGAGCUUGAAUGCCAUAUACUCCUGUCACAGCCUCGCAGAAUGAUAUGAUCACAGUAGUGUAUAAAAUAUACCUUUGUAAUAGUGCUCAGUGAAAUUCCGCAUAAUAUAUUAUAAUUUUUGUGAACAAAAUGUUGUAAUUUUUAUUGUUGGGAAUACGUAGUGACCAUUUUGAAAGACAAUCUUGGUGUCUUAAUUCUCUCAUUGUUUCUGAAUUAGAGAUUAGUUGUGCAUUGUAUAGCUUUUAUUGGAGUGCAGAAUGUAACAGCAUGAUAUUUUUUCAAACUGCAAUUAUGUUCACUGCUUUUUGUCAUGUGACACCAUGAAGCAGCUUUUUUUUGUUGCUCUGUUUCAUUUUUUUAGCCAGAGUCUCACGCUGACCUUGAACUCACUCUGUAGCUCACAAUGGUCUUGAAGUCAUGAUGAUCUUCUUGCCUCAGCCUCCUAUGUGCUGGGAUUACAAACAUGUACCACCACACUUUGCUCUGUUACAAUUUUUUUGAAGGGGGUUCACAUAGUCCAGGCUGUUAGUCUCAAUUUUCCUUCAAUAAAUAUUUCUU